CGGCCAUUUUAAACCGAAAUUCGUGUGCGUGUGUGAAGGACGGAAAUCGUGACACAGCCGUACGGUCCGCGGAUAUUUGCAAUUUUUUCGGUCAAAAUAUGCCCUUGGAUGGCUAAAAGUAUCUGAAUUCGAGUGUUGAAAACGUCCGCAAGCAGUGCAACAUGGAUACGGUUCGCGUGUUCAAUCAGGAGCUCUCGGGGCUGUAUGAAGCCAAGCCGCCGAUCUCCAAGGCCAAGAUGGCCUCGAUUACCCGGAGUGCGAUGAAGGCCAUCAAGUUCUACAAGCACGUUGUGCAGAGUGUGGAAAAGUUCAUCUCCAAGUGCAAGUCGGAGUACAAGAUACCGGGUCUGUAUGUGAUCGAUUCGAUCGUGCGCCAAUCGCGGCACCAGUUCGGCCCGGACAAGGAUGUGUUUGCACCGCGGUUCGCUCGGAACAUGGAGCAAACGUUCGCGCACCUGUUUCGCUGCCCACCAGAGGAUAAGAGUAAAAUCAUCCGGGUGUUGAACUUGUGGCAGAAGAACAUGGUGUUCGCACCGGAGGUCAUCCAGCCGCUGUUCGAUCUGGCCAAUCCGGAGCACCCGCUGCAUCUGCAGUACAACGCAGCGCAGGCUGCAGGUGGUGCUAGUGGUGCUGACGGAUCCGGUGGUUCCAAUGGCAUGAAUACCUCAGCUCUGUCGCACGAUUCACCGGGACCGAUGUCCCACGACGAUCACGGUAGCUCGGCGCAAACUUCGGAGGCGAAGGGACUGGACCCCAACACCAUCCGGCAGUUGCAGCAAUUCCAGCAACUGCUGAUGCGACAAACUGGCGGUAGCGAUGCACACGGCUCCGGCAAGGAUCAGGUCAAGUUCAACAAAAAGCUGCUUGACUUUGACUACGGCAGCGAAGAAGACGACGAUAAGAAUUCGCCGUCGGUUCCCUCGACGUCGCUGCCGGAUGGGAACAACAUUGCCCAGAUUCUGUCCGAUCCGAAUGUGCUCAAGCAGCUGCAGAAUCUCCAGAAGCUCAAACAGCACGAGAUGGAGGAGAAGCAAACCAAGCUGACCGAGAUGCGGCUGCAGGAGGAAAAGUUCGAAAAGCAUCUGGCCAGCGUUCUCAAGGUGGCUAGCAAUAUUCAUUCUGUCGAACAGCAGCUUAUGAACAAGCUUCCAUUUGCCAACGAGUGUGACCUGAGUCGUCAACCACCGAUCGACUUGAGCGGAGGUCCCCCUACGGCUAAGGAAGGCGAUGGCGAUGACUUCGGCAUGGUUACGGAGGUCAUCAGCGAUACGCACAGCUCGUCACCCCGAAGCACGGCGGCGGAUCAGUACAACAAGCCAGCUACGACGUCGCGUCGCCGGAAGAGCCGUUCCCGUUCGCCCCGUGACCGCCGUGAUCGGGACCGUACCCGUCGCCGGACUCGGUCGAGAUCACGUUCCCGGAGCCGAAGCCGGUCGCACUCACGAGGACGUGGCCGUGGAGGUCGUGCAUCGUCCCGGGAUCGGGAACGCGAGCGCACCACCCAGAAGGACAAGGAACGCGAUAAGGAGCGCGAGAGGGAACGUAAGAAGCGAGGACUGCCGGAGAUUAAGAAGGAACACCUCAGUGUGUGCAGUACGACUCUGUGGGUUGGCCACCUGUCCAAGCUGGUCCAACAAGAGGAGCUAUCCGAUACGUUCGGCAAGUAUGGUGACAUUGUUAGUAUCGAUCUGAUUCCACCACGUGGGUGCGCAUUUAUCGUGAUGAACCGGCGCCAGGAUGCCUACAAGAGCAUGCAAAGCUUGAAGAAUCACAAAAUGCAUGGGCGGACCAUAACCAUUUCUUGGGCCACCGGAAAGGGCGUCAAGAGCAAGGAAUGGAAGGAUUACUGGGACAUUGAUUUAGGUUGCAGCUACAUCCCGUGGAACAAGCUUACUCAUAAUACCGAUAUGGAAAGCUUGGAAGAGGGCGGCAUGUUCGAUGAGGAUACGAUGCCCCUGUGGAUGAAGGACAAGAUUAUCAAUGCUUCCAAGAAGAAGGACGAUGAUCCGGCUGGCUUGAUCAAUCCGCUGUACGCGGUCGACACGAGCCAACCACCGCCGACGGCUGCAAUGUUAGCCGGAAUCAGCUUGCCAACGUUCCCCAUGGCGGCAGUUCCUAGGCUGCCCAUAAUGGGUCUCCCGAUCGUUUCCGGUUUGGGUAUCAACGUUCCACCACCGAACCUCAUGAUGGCCGGUGGAAUGAACAAUCCUCCACCGCUUCCAAUUUCCGGCUUUGGUGUUCUGCCACCUCCGCCACCUUCGCAGGUGGCGCCGCCGCACGUUGCCGGUGUUGGUGACGAAAUGGACAUCGAAAUGGAAGAUGAAAAUUCGAACCAAAGUCAUGGAGCUCACCCCCCCGGUGGCGGUGGUGUUGCAAUGCCACCGUCCAAUCCGGCGGCCUUCUUCAACCAACCACCUCCGCCGCUGAUGCCACCGAAUUCGCUUCCAUUCAAUCGAAACCAACAGGAUAAUGGAGGUGAUCGUGGCGGUUUCAAUCAAAAUGAUAACCCGGAUCAGCAGGAUCAGGAUCGCAGAAAUCGAGGUGAUUUCGAUCGCAGGGGAGGUGGUAGAGAUAGGGAUCGUGGAGGUCGUGGAGAUAGAAGUGAUCGGGGCGAUCGUGCCGGUCGUGAAUUUGAACGAGAUGGUCGCGGAAGGAGAAAUUUCAAAGACAAUGAAGGAGGCGAUAGGCCCGAACGACCGAGUCGUUGGGGAAGUCACGAUCGGAGCGUUAGCCGCGGCGGUGGGGAUCGUAGCGGCAGUGAUAGCGGCCGUGAUGAUAGGCCACUAUCGGAAAGGCUGCGGGAAUUGGCUGGAGCAGACUUUACCCAGAGAAGCGGAGAAGGCAACGAGGGGCCGCAGUUUGGCGGUGGAAGAAACUUUAGAGGCGGCCGCAACAUGAAUGAAGGAGAUGCAGAGUUCAACAAUCAGGGAGGCGAUGAGUUUGGCGGUGGUCGCCGCGGAAACUUCCAGCAAGGUGGUCGGUUCAAUAACAAUAAUAACCCACGCGGGGGGCGAUUUAAUAACAACCGUGGCGCCGGUGGAUUUAUGCAGAAUCGCCAACAGGGUGGCCCAGAAGGUGGUGACAUGCAAGCGAUGAACAUCAUGUCGCUGCUCAAUAUAGACCCAUUCUUCGGGAACAACAACAACAACAAUCCCAACCCCAACCCCAACACCAACAACGACCAGGCUGUUGGAGAUAACGAUCAACAGCAGCGCUUCUUCGAUCGUGGUGGCGACGGAGGCAACUUCAACAACAAUCGUCGUCCGAACAAUUGGAACGAUGGUGGCGGCGAUGCAGGGAAUCGUGGUGGUAAUCGCGGUAAUCGCGGGGGUCGUGGCAAUUGGAAUAACAAUGAUGGUGGUGAUGGCGACGGAGGUGGCCGUGGCGGACGCUUCGGUGCAAGGCGCAAUGAUCAGAGAAAUCCGAGAAACAAUGAUUUUGGUGGAGAUCAAGAUGAUCAGCAGCAACAGAAUCAACAGCCGCAGUCGCAGCCGCAGCCGCAGCCAAAGCAACAGCAGCAGCGCAAUGAACAACCACAGCAGCAGCAGGGUGGUAGAGGAGGCGGAGGUGGAGGCGGACUGCGAUGGGAUCAAAAUGAUGAAAACUGGGAUGAUGAAGUUCCGGUGGUGAAGAAACGUAAUCCGGAUCCACCGAAGGAGAAUAAGCAGAAGAAGCCGCAGGAAAAGCCACAGGAGGAAAAACAGAGCGGUGGCGGUAAUGAGCGUGGUCCACCGAAGGAAAAGUCCGAAGCGCGACUUGAUGACGGUGGAGAAUGGGAACCGCGGGAGGAACGAAGCGAAGGUGGUAAAAAGCAAGGCGGCGGUGGAACUCCACUGUUUGAUGAGAUGCAUUCCGGAGAACAGCAACAGCAGCAACAUAAAGAACAGCAACAGGAUUCGAUGAGAAAUCCCAGUCCUCCUCCUCCUCCUCCAGCACGGGAACCGGAAUCGAAACCGGAACCGGAACCGAAGCCGGAACUGAAAUUUGAAGCGAAAUGGGAACCGAAACCGGAAUCGAAACCGGAACCGAAGCCGGAAUCGAAACCGGAACCGAAGCCGGAAUCGAAACCGGAACCGAAACCGGAUCCGAAGCCGGAACCGAUACCGGAAUCGAAACCGGAACCGAAACCGGAGCCAAGACAACCUUCUCCGGAACAGCAUCGACCGCAGUUGUACUCGCCGUCUCCUCCACCAGCUGUUGUGGCUCCUGCCCCUGAACCGGUGUUUAAAGCCCCUGCUCCAGAACCGGUAUUUGAAGCACCUGCUCCAAAACCGGAACCGGCACCAGCCCCAGUUAUAGCUGCAGCUCCCACCCCAGCACCGGAACCAGCUGCUCCAGUUUCGGAACCUCCACAACAAAUGGAAGCACCGCCAGCAGCAGCAGCAGCAGCAGCUUCAACAGAUGCAUCUGCACCUCCUGCCGAGGAUGCUUAAAUACUUGCUACAUCAACAUUCUAGUGCAUAUAUUAUGAAAUUAUCACUUUUAGGACGGUUUAAACAUCAAACCUUCCCAUUGUUUGUAAACAUUGAGCUAACUCUAUGAAGUAUGAGAAGGUUUAUUAUUUUUCUUUAACGAAUUAUUUCGUUUACCAGUUGGUUUGUGCUAAGCAAAAGGCAUGGAUCAAAAAUCAGUUUUAGGUUUCUAAAUCCGGAUUUUUAAUAUAUUUAAACUCGAAUGUAACCAUACACCGGUUCUUACCUUUUGUUGUUUGAUUAAGAAAUCGGUGCCAACAUUUCAAAAGAGCGAAAUUACUUUUGUAGACAAUGGCUAUUCUAGUUGAGGAAUGUUUCCUCUACCAGUUGGUACCGUUAAUUUGCAUGAGUGAGAAAUCGACGGUUGAAGUCAUUGUUUACAAAAGCAGUUUCGCCCUAAUGAAACGUUGGCACGGAAAUGUCUUCUUUUCUCCCAUGAAGAGGGAUUGACCCCGUUUACCAACUGUAGCAGCGAUCGGAAGAGAAUGGUUUAAAUUCGCUGCUAUUUACAACUUACAUAAUAAAAUUGUCAAAAGAACGUAAACAAAUAAGCAAAAACAAAUCUUAAACAAAAACUUUUAAGCAUCAAGAAAAACGGCUGUGAUAUUAAUGUACUAAGUGAAGACGACCUUGUAGUUGCGUUUCAUCAUUUGGUUUCAGUGACAAACAAAAAAAAAACAUUAGGAAAUAUUUAUCAAUUAGUUACUUAGUAUGUGUUUCAUAGGUCAGAGCGAUUAUUUUUUGUAAGAAAAUAAAUCCUAACGAGAUUAUGGUAAGAAAUUGCUGCUUGUUUAUAUGAGCCUAGUGAGAAAAGAACAGGAUCCGCUGUAAGAUAGAAUACGGAUCUGGAGGAUUUGAUAAACAAGAAAAUGCUGCCGGAAGAAAAGGUAGGUCACUGCAGCAGCGUGGGAUCAUCGCGGGAGUUGUCCAGCGAGGGAGUAGCGGCGCGCUUGCACUCGAGUUGAGUGGCUUGUGCAAGGUACUGUGGAAAUAGCUUUCGUUUACCCUUUACAUAUAUAUACUACCUUGUAUUUUACUUAGCUAAAAUUUAUGAUUUUUAUGUUAAAAUGAUUGAUAUUUAUGUAGAAAAGCAAACUGCGAGAUUGUACAACCGAGAAAGACAAAUCGAAUCAAAUCAGAAAAUCGUACUAUGCGAAACAAAUGAUGAAAUGGCUCUACCAAGUUGGAAAACGAACGUACGAAAUAUCACAGAUGCAUUCUUCUAAAUGGUUUGUAAAACUAGUUGACUCUUAACAACGGCAUACAAUACAUACCCUACACAAAUUUGAUCACUACCACUUAAUAUCCAACUUCAAAGAACAACUACUACGAUGCAUUGCAAGAGCAAAGUAUAAUAUAUGAUAUCAUAGUGCAGUAAAACAAUAUUCAAUAAAUAAACAUUUACGUUACUCUAGAGUGGUUGCUAAAAGUCAA